UGUCUGCUCAGUGGUCUCUGCGGAGGUUUCACGUUUGAACGUCUCGUACAAUAUUCACGGAAAAAGCGCAAUGUGAAAGCCGAAAGACUAGAAAUAGCCACGGCGUGACGUCCCCAACCAAAACAGACUCGUAGACACACACUGACAGUAGCAAACCGAAGCGAACCCAGUUCAGAUCGGUUGAGAUCACAAUCAAAUCGUAACAGAUUAGAAUGGUUUAAGUGACGUUAUCCUGAGAAAAGAGGGAACUGUGCUAAAAACGAAGAAGAAAUGCUGUUAACAUUCCAGAAAAAAAAACGAAAGUGCUAAAAAGAUUUUGCAAAACAAAAAAGAAGAAAAGGCGACUCGAUAUUGCAGGCAGGUGGUUAAGACCCGCCGAACAUCUAGAAAAAUACCCCCGUAAGAAAAAAAAAACCGAUCCGAACCUCAAUCAUUGCCAAACGCGAGUGUCGCGAGUGUGUGUGUGUGUGAGUGAGUGUUGAAAGUGUUGUGUUCCGAGUGUGUGUGUGUGUGUGUGUGUGUUGCAAACGAUGUGCCAGCUGACAUUGUGUUGGUUGUGAGGAAGGCGAAACAACAACCAUCACAACAACAACAGCAACAGCAACAAGAAGAGGACUGAAGUGAAGUGUGUACGGUUGGAGGAGUAAAAACUGCAACGGAACCGGAACCGGGAUCAUGCCGAUCAUUGCCGAUGCCACCGCCAACGAUGAGCCACCAGCAAAAUGUUGCAAAUAUUGUGAGGAGUCUACGCACAGCGUGGACGGCGGCCCUGCAUCGUGGCGUUUAACGCUCGAUCAGGAUCUUAUUGACACGCUCAAGGGCAACUUUCCCAGUUGGUUUCAAACCUCAUCGGGAGCCGCAGCGGCAGCAGCAGCAGCAGCGGCGGCAGCAGCCAACAAAGCGCAGUCGGCACAUCAGCAGCAACGGCAGCAGAAGUUAGUGAGCAGCAGCAGCAGCAGCAUCAUCCCCAUAAGCAUUGACACCAAAUCAGCCAACAGCAGCAACAAUACACUCCAGCAACAGCAACAACAGCAGCAGCAACAGUUGCAACAGCAACAACAGACAGCGAUAUUGAGCAGCUGCUCGUCAUCAGCAUCUCCCGCAUCAUCCAUUAGCUCAAACUCUUCAAAGAAAUCCAAUAGCAGCUGCAGCAGCAGCAGCGUGAGCAGCUGCAGCAGCAAUAGUUCCAGCUCCAGUACCAAAUCCGUGAGUGCAGCGACGGCGCAACGUUUGCUGAACAAAUCAACGUCGACAUCCACAUCGCCUAGCAAGAGUAGUUUGAGCCGCACUUUAAAGGCAACACACACGCAAAAGACGCACAACAAUAGCCCCAAGGUUGGGCAAUUGGUGAAGUCCGCAUCGCUGCAUAGUCUGAGCAGCGGCAGCGGCAGCAGCGCUAGUGGCAGUGGCAGUGGCAGCAGCGGCUCAUCGCUGCUGGCCACCAUCUCCACAUCGCCGCUGACCACCGUUGAGCUCAUCUCGAGCGCCAAUUGCAACGGCCUGCUGGCCACACGGCUCAGCGGCAAGGCCUUGGAGCAUACAUUUCAGGAUAUCAUCUUGCUGCACGAGGCUUACGACGACAUGUCCGAAGGUGAACAUCGUCUGCACGCUACGUUUCUGGGCAGCAGCGAUGAUGGCAACAAUUCCGAUUGCUACGAUGCCAGACAGUCGCCGCCAAAGGCAAUUGUGGACUCCAGUCCACUGCAACCGGCCAUGGAUAAGAAUAAAGAAUCGCUCAAAGUGAAGCUGAUGGUGCGACGACCGCAUUCGCAACUCGUCGAGCAGGGCAUCAUACCAUCGCUCAAAACCUCGCCUGCCAUCCACGAACAAUGCAAGCAACUGGAACGCGCCAAGACCAGCGAUCUGCUCAAGGCCAAGAUCCAACAGCGUCCGAAUCGCGAAGAUCUGGAGCGACUGCACAUACUCGAGGAGGAUGAGUGCCACAUCGAUCCGAGUCUGGCGGAGAAGCAGCGCAUGCUGAAGAAGGCGCGUCUCGCGGAUCAGCUCAACUCCCAGAUACAGCAUCGACCCGGCCCGUUGGAGUUGAUCAAGAAGAACAUUCUGCAUACGGAGAAACCGAUCGAGAAGAUUGUCAAGGAGGGUUUGGUGCCCUUUAAGGCCACCAGUGAAGGUCUGCUGACUCGGCCACAGCAUCCACACAGCUAUGUCACCUACGAUGAGGACUCACAGAGCUCUGAGAGCGAUACACGGCAGACGCCGCCACGUCUCGAUGAGCUUAUGCCCAGCACAGGGGCCACAGCGACUGGCAACAGUGUGCUGUUGCCAGCUGCUGCUGCCGCUGCUGUGGAGACGCCCAAGGAUGUGCUCCAGGCAGCUGCUGCCUCGGCGGGCAUUGUCACCGUGGCGCUGACCACGCCUACGUCGACGACCAGCAAUUGUGGCCAGCUGGUACUCAGCGUCAUGCCUUCGAUACAGCUACUGAAGAACAGCUCGGAUUUUCCAAUGAACACGACGCAUAUCGUGAGCGCUCCACCGCCGCCACCACCGCCAAUGCCCAUGGCUGUCACCGCGAGUGUCAGCGGUGGCGCUGGCAUCAAGGUGAAGCAAGAGACGGCCAAUCUGUUCGAAGAACUCUGCCAGAGUGUCGCCGGUCCCACAGCCAGUCCCAGCCAGCUCAGCAAUCACAUGCUACCCAUGCUCGCAUCGCCCUGCUCUCUGGGCUCUAGCACUUCGACGCUGAGUCCCCUGUCUUCCAUUGCCUCACCGCCACCGCCGCCCACACGAUUGCAACUGCAGCCAGUGUCCAUUAAAUCGGAUGCACCGGGCAAGGAUAAGAAUCGCAAAAAGUCCAAGUCGAAGCCGGUCUCCAAAGCGCGCACCAUCAAAUUCCACGAGUACAAGGGUCCACCGAGUGCGGCGGGACAGGCGCAAGAUCAGGCACAGGCGGAUCAAACAACGUCGUAUCAGUUGCUGCUCGAACAGCAGAACUAUCUGCUCAAGUUUCUGGAGAACCUCAACAAGAAUCAAUCCAUACUGCCAGCCAACAAUGCGAAUGCCAAUGCCGCCUCCACAGCCAGCAGUGUGAGCAGCAGCAGCAACACGAAUGUCAGCGCAAAUAGUAUAACGGUGACCACAAAAACAGUGCCUGCUUUGGCCAGCACGGUGACAACAGCAGCCACAGCAACGGCAACAGUGGCACCCAUUACGCUGCCCAACACAAUUUCCAUCAGCAGCAACAGCAACGUGACGCCCUUAAACUUUGGCGAUGCCACGCUGCUGACAGCGACAGCCAUGCCCACAGCAACAACUGUUCAGCAAGCGCCGCCCACGCUGUCGCUGAUCACACAUACGCCACAGCCAGCAGCAACAGUUGCCGUCAUACCACAGCAACAACAGCAGCUGCAACAGCAACAACAGCAACCACAACAGCAGCAGCAACAUCCACCACCUUUGCCAUCGCCAGCGCUCUCGGUGAGCUCCUCCAUACCAGCCAGUCCAGCGACCAGCUAUGCCGAGUCCACCAGCUCCGCCAUCACGGAUGUAACAAAACUCGAGAAGAUGAAAGUGUCCGAUCUGAAGCAGCAUCUCAAGCGUCGCAAUCUGCCCGUGUCCGGCCCGAAGCCGCAGUUGAUUGAGCGACUCAAACUUUAUUUGCCACUCGAGCCGCUUGAUGCGCCCACAGCUCCAGCAGCUGUGCAAUCAGAGAUUAUCACCAUCAGCGACGCUAUGGACACCAGCAACUGUGGUACAUCAGAUGCGCAGCCGCAGCAGCAACAACCUGCGCCAGUGGCCAUGCUAGUGAGCGAGGAGCACGAACAGAUGGAUGUGGUGCAGCAGCAGCUCGACAGCAAUCAUGCCAUGACACUGCAGACCAUCAUGCAACCACAGCCACAGACAGCAACCAUUAUACAGAACCAGGAGCUGUUGCGGCGGCAACAGCGCAAGAUUGAUGAACUGCAGCGACAGUUAGAGCGCUCGCAGCAGGAGUUGCAGCAGAUACGGCGACAGCAGCAACAGCAGACAGUUACUGCGCAGGUGGUGAAUGCUUUGCCCUCGCAGCAGAUCACGCUGAUCACGACGACAUCGAAUGGACCACAACAGACGUUGACGGUGCUGCCGCAGUUGGAGAAAACUAUACCAGCGAAGGUGACUGUGAAGCCUGCCACAGCAGCAACAGUGACAGCCAAGUUAAACGGCAGCAGCAGCAAUCAAGCGAAGAAACCCGCCAGCAACAGCAACAAUCACAGCAGCAACAUUGCAAAUAACAGCAAUCAACCGCCGCCAAUCAAUCAGAAAAUGGUGGUGAAGCAGCAGCUGGAGGCGAAGAUACAAAAGCAAAAGGCAGCGGCGGCAGCAGCAGCACUGCAGCAACAACAACAGCAACAGGCGCAACAACAGCAACAGCAGCAGCAACAACAGAUGCGAUUGCUUACGCAAAAGACACAAACUGUAGUCAUUCCAUCCAACAACAAUACAAUCAGCGCCCCCAAGCUGCCAGCCACGCCCACCAAGCAGCCAAAUGUUGUUGCUGCUGGCAACACCACAGCAAUCUUGCACGCAGCUAAGCCGCUGACAACAGCAACAGCUGCAACUGUGCCGCAUCCUAAUAACGUGGGACUCGUGUGGAACGAGGGCAAUCAGACCAUCUUUCUGCUGGGUCUCAACGAUCAGCAGAUGACGGCGCAUACGCUGGGCAACAUAAGUCUCACCGCGACAACAACCACAACAGUGGCACAGCCUCAGCAACAGCAGCAAUCGGCAACAACAACGCCUGUGACGAAGAAGCUGCUCAAUGGACAUCAGCGCACGAAUUCGCUACCGAGCAUUGUGUUUCCCAUUGAUGCGAAGCCAAUCAUCACCCAACAGCAAUUGCAGCAGUUGCAACUACAGCAGCAGCAACAACAACAGCAGCAGCAACAACAACAACACUUUCAGCCUGGCCAACAGCUUAUACAGCUGGAUAUUAAGCCAACGCCUGCACCGCCGCCACAAUAUGAGGAAGCAACCAAGCAGCUGGCAGCGAGCAAAGCAGCUGCAGCCCUGGGCAGCAUGCCGCUGAUGAAGAUCAAGGAGGAGCCAGCAGCAUCGCCAGCACCAACAGUUGCUGCACCUCCACUGCAGCGCAAAUCAACCAGCAUCAAAUCAGAGCAGGUCAGCGAUGUGCUCGACAUACUCAUCAAGCAGGGCGAGCUGCCCGAAAGCGCUGCCCUGGAGCCCAUCACGCCACUGACGCCGCUGCCCGAACUCGCGAUGUUUAACGGCGUGACGCCGACAACAGCCGCUGGCGGUGCGAGCAUUGUGCCGCUGGUGCCCAAGCUGGAAGCGCCAUCGACGCCACAAUCGUUGCCCAACCUCGACAUGGCCAUGGACACGAAUGAGAACAGCCAUGUGAGCUAUGCAACCAACAGCCAGCAACAAGCAGCUGCUGCUGCGCAUGGUUUCAUCGAGAGCAUCGACAUGGCAUCGCCGCUGCAACCGGAUGCGAGCGCCAUUGAUGCAGAGAGCGUGGCCAAGACACUGGACAUAUUUCUGGAGCAGCAUCAUGCCACGCCUCCGCCAAGCACGCCGCCCAAGUGCAACAGCGUUAGCAUCAGCAUCGGCGAUAAACCGAACAGUCCCGAUGCCAAGCUCAAUCAUUUCGAUGAAUACGAGUUGCUGGAACUGAUGUCGCAGCAGCUGGAAAUGGACAUUGGCGACGAUUCGAACAACUAUUGUACCACCAACAAGACUGGCAACAACAGCAACAAUUUGCGGCGCGAUCUCAAUCCCAGUCUGCAGCCCAGCAUCAAUGAGCUGCUCGAUGCCAGCAGCCCGGACAGCGUGCUGCUCAACAACAAUCAUGGCGCUGACGUUGACUUCGAUGCGGAGAGCUUUGUGGCGCAGCUUAGCCAGCAUGUGGCUAGCAGCAGCAGCAGUAACAGCAACAGCAGCAAUGCCAACAACAACAACAGCAACAACAACUGCAGCAGCAACAGCAACAAUGGCAUUGUGGGCAGCCCGUCAACCAACAGCGGCGUGGAGUGUGUCAGCUCAAAUGGCCACUACAACAGCACGCCUAUGGAUGUGUGCGAUGACUUCGAGAGCACCUUGAACUCCAUCAUGCAAGCGGUCUCCCAACCACCCACCGGCAGCCACCACUCCGACUACAGUUCAACCUCAACUGGCAUGUCCAAUGGGGGAGUUGGUGUUGGUGUUGGCAAUGCCAUGGACAGCAGCAGCAGCAGCAAUGGCGGUGCCGUGGAUGCUUUCAAUGUGCCGAGUGGCGACAUCUUCGAUCUGUUCAACAUCGAUGACUACAAGAUGAUUUGGGCAGCUGGCGAUUUUACUGUCUAAGCAAGACAGACAAAAAUUGUACAGGUGCUUUUGUGUAGGUGCUCGCUUUUCUACAAAAAUAUAUUCCUUAAAAUUCGUAUCGAAACACUUACAAAAAAACAGAAAACUGAAAGAAAACCACACAAAAAAACGCAAACACACAAAAACUAAAAAAGAAGUCCUAUUUAUUUUCUAAAUGCAUUUAAAACAUUUGAACAAUAUAGUUAAAAAAACAAAAACGAAGAAAAACAAACAAAUUUCAAAACUUUACUAUUUCCAAAAAAAAAAAACAACAAAAAACGAAAACACACACAACUAAAGCCAAAAUUGCCGGGAGCGUUAGUCGAAGAAAACACUCCACUAUAUUUCCGCACCCUUUCCUAUAAGCAGCGACAGCAACAACAAAAAAAAUAAAUAAACAACAGCCAAACAUUUAGAAAAAGAAAAUAAUUAAAAAUAAUAAUAUUCAUAAAAUUUAAGCAAAAAACAAAAAAAAUGUUGUAAAGCUCGAAAGAAAAAAGUACAUGUUUCUAAUUAAGGUCAUUCCAAUUUGAAAAUAUCGCGAGUGAAAUCUAACUAAAAGUCUAGCAGAGCGUGAGCGAGUGUGAGAGAGUCUAAUGAAUGAGAGAGAGAGAGAGAGAAUUGGUUGAGCCUAGGGUGAGUUGAAAGCAAAAUAGAAGAAACACAGAAGAAAAAAAAAACGUAAAAUAAAAGCAUAUGAAAAUGUUCUUGUCUUUGCGAGAGAAACAAGUAAAACACAUUCAAGAAUUUUGUUUUAAGUUCUAUUUAAAAUGAAAUUAAUUUAAAUUUAGCGAUAAACUUUUGACAGAUUUAAAACCAAUGGCAGCAAAGGAAAUUUUACAAUAACUUUAACAAUUAACAAUUACAAUUAACGUAAACAAUUUGAGAAGUAUUUCCUGUAAGGAAAGAAAAAGCCUUUAAAAAAAGUAGACGAAAAAAAAGAAAACUAAAUUAAAUUAAAAAUUAAAGCAAUUAUUAAUACAAAUUCAUUUAAUGCCUUCUUAAGCCAAUUAUUUAAACGCAAAACGAAUUGAGCGAAAUUCCGUUACUUAAAUUAAAUUUUAAAUUAAAUGCGGCAAGUACUUCAUCUACGCCAAAAGAGUUAGAGAGAACUUUCGAGAAUUAGAAAUACAAUUUUUCAGUUUGCAUAAAUGUAAGUUGAACUAUCUGAGAGCAUGCUUAGCAUUCGGACAUCGGACAUAUUUUCAGUGUUCUACACAAAAUUAAAGUAAAUAAAUAAAACUGAGGAAACAAUACGUUAAUUGACACAUUUCAGCAAGAAAAGAAAUAAUUUAACAUAAAUAUAAAUUGUAAUAAUAUAUUGAUAUGGAUAUACAUAUAUGGAUAUAUAUAUAUGGAUAUAUAUAUUUUUAUAUAAGUAAAUUACUUGAUAUACUUGAUUUAAAUGUAGCUUUAGUCAUGGUGGCGAUCAGAUGCGCCCAAAAACAAUAACAACAAGAGGAGAACAUCAACCACAACAACAACAACAAUUAACUUAACACUUGUUUACAUUUGCAAUACACCAUGUCAAAGUUCAUAGAACAAAAAAUAAAAACUCAAUUGAAUUGCAUGCUUAAUAAGUA